AUGGCGCUGGCGGAAGGCGACGACAAGGCGGAGGCGGGGGUGCGCGUGCUGGGCGGGCGGAUGAGCCCGUUCACAAUGCGGGCGCGCAUGGCGCUGGAGCUGCGCGGGGUCGCGUACGAGCUGCUGGAGGAGAGCUUCGAGCCCCGCAAGAGCGACCGCCUCCUCGCCGCCAACCCCGUCUACAAGAAGAUCCCUGUCCUGCUACUCCCCGACGGCCGCGCGGUCUGCGAGUCCGGCGUCAUCGCGCAGUACGUCGACGAGGCCUGGCCCGCCGCCUCCGCCGCGCCCCUGCUGCCCGAGGAUCCCUACCAGCGCGCGAUGCACCGCUUCUGGACCGCGUUCGUCGACGACAGGUUCUGGCCGGCGCUGGACGGCGCCUCCCUGGCGCCCACCCCGGAGGCCCGCGCCGAGGCCGCCGCCGAGGCCCGUGCCGCGCUGCGGCACCUCGAGGAGGCCUUCGCCGCGCUCAGCAACGGCGGGGCCUUCUUCUCCGGCGCGGCGCCGGGGCUCCUCGACAUCGCGCUCGGUUGCUUCCUGCCGGCGCUCAGGGCCUGCGAGCGCCUCAGCGGCGCCCUCCUGCUGGACGAGGCCGCCACGCCGCUCCUCAAGAAGUGGAGCGAGAGGUUCGCCGGCGUCCACGCAGUCGAGGCGCUCCUGCCGGAGACCGACGAGGUUGUCGGCUUCACAAGGUUCUUGCAGGCCAAGUUCGGCGUCGCGGGCGCAAAUUAA